AUGAACAUCUCCGCCCCCCCGCCCGUCGGCCCCAACGGCACCGCUCUCCCCGAGGACGCCAAGGGGCCCUGGCAGGUGGCUCUGAUCGCCCUGACCACGGGCCUGCUCUCCCUGGCCACGGUGACCGGCAACCUCCUGGUGCUGGUGUCCUUCAAGGUGAACACGGAGCUGAAGACGGUCAACAACUACUUCCUGCUGAGCCUGGCCUGCGCCGACCUGAUCAUCGGCGCCGUGUCCAUGAACCUGUACACCACUUACGUGGUCAUGGGCCGCUGGGCCCUGGGCACGCUGGCCUGCGACCUCUGGCUGGCCCUGGACUACGUGGCCAGCAACGCCUCCGUCAUGAACCUGCUGCUCAUCAGCUUCGACCGCUACUUCUCCGUGACCCGGCCCCUCAGCUACCGGGCCAAGCGGACGCCGCGCCGGGCGGCCCUGAUGAUCGGCCUGGCCUGGCUGGUGUCCUUCGUCCUCUGGGCCCCGGCCAUCCUCUUCUGGCAAUACCUGGUCGGGGAGCGGACGGUGAAGCCAGGGGACUGCUACAUCCAGUUCCUGUCGGAGCCCGUCAUCACCUUCGGCACCGCCAUGGCGGCCUUCUACCUGCCCGUCACGGUCAUGUGUGCCCUUUAUUGGCGCAUCUACCGGGAGACGGAGAACCGGGCCCGGGAGCUGGCCGCCCUGCAGGGCUCGGAGACCACGGGCAAGGGCGGAGGGAGCAGCAGCAGCUCGGAGAGGUCCCAGCCGGCCCCCGCGGCCCAGGCCGGACCCGAGGCCCGGCCCCGGCCCCGCUGCCGCCACUGCUGCUGCUGCUGCUGCGGGGGCGCCGGGAGUGCGGGGGGCGCCGGGGGCGGUGGGGCCACCGGCUGCUGGGGCCCCGUGGUCCUGCCCUCCUACAUCUGGAAGGAGGAGGAGGACGACGACGACGAGGAGGACGACGGCUCCCCGGAGUCCCUGACCUCCUCCGAGGGCGAGGAGCCGGGCCUCCCCGUGGCCAUCAAGAUGCCCACGGUGGGCUCGGCCCCCCAGCCCCCGGCCCCGUGCCCGCCUCCCCGGAGUCCCCCCCAGCCCGCCAAGCGCCCCCCCAGGAAAGGGCGGGCCGCCAAGGCGCCCAAGAGGAAAGGGAAGGGGCAGCUGACCAAGCGGAAAACCUUCUCGCUCGUCAAAGAGAAGAAGGCGGCCAAGACCCUGAGUGCCAUCCUGCUGGCCUUCAUCCUCACCUGGACCCCCUACAACAUCAUGGUGCUGGUGUCCACCUUCUGCAAGAACUGCGUCCCCAACCGGCUCUGGGAGCUGGGCUACUGGCUCUGCUACGUCAACAGCACCGUCAACCCCAUGUGCUACGCCCUGUGCAACAAGGCCUUCCGCGACACCUUCCGCCUGCUGCUCCUCUGCCGCUGGGACAAGAGGCGCUGGAGGAAAAUCCCCAAGCGGCCCGGCUCCCUCCACCGUGCUCCGUCCCGCCAGUGCUGAGACCACUUCGCGGCUCUCUCAGCCCGGGCCCCCGUGGAGACCGACUGCGAGACUCCCCCAGCCCCUUCUCAGGUUCCUUUCCGCGAGGGGCCGGGGCCCGUCCGACUGCCGCCGUCAGGGCCGCCUCUGGCCCGUCACGCUUUACCGCUCCUGGGAAGGGAGAAGACGAGGGAAACUGGUUUUUCCGCUCCCUGUUUGGAAGGAAUGGGCCUGGAACCAGGCAGUAGUCCCUGGAGAGGACCUGAGCUUUGGGACGCUUGUUUUUGGUUGGCGAAGACUGGGCGGUAAGGGCGGGAGGCGGGAUGGCCGGGAGAUGCGAUGGUACCCUGAAGUCAUCCUUUGCCCAGAUUCGGGAUGGACUUUCCAAGGGUAGCGUGGGUAAGGGUGCCCUUGGGUGCCCAGGGAGAGAGCUCCGGGGGCUCAGGGAGAGGAACUGAACCUGCCCAAUCUGGGGAAGGAGGACGGCUGAACCUCUCCGAGAGAGGAACCGGGGCCCCUGAAAUUAAACCCUGGCUUGAGGGCCGAAAAACAGAUGAGGAGGAGGAGGAGGAGGAGGAGGGUGAAGAUGAGGGCGGGAAAGAGAAGGAACAGAGGAGACAAGGCAACACUUCAAUCCGCCCAACCAGUCGAGAGGAUUUAUUAAGUGCCGUGAACAGAGCGCCGAACAAAAGCGAUCCAUCAAUCGAUGGGAUUUAUUGAGUGCUUAUUCUGUGCCGAGCGCUGUACUAAGCACUUGGAAA